AUCAUCUCAAUCAAGAGACACAUUCGAAAUACACUUAUUACUACUAUUAUCUUUCAUCAUAUAUUUUUUCAUCUAUUCACUUAUAAUGGCUAAGCAAAAGAUUGUCGUGAAGGUGACCAUGAACUGCGAGAAGAAAUCUCGCAAGGCUCUAAAGAUAGCGGUUGGUCUUUCUGGAGUUGAGUCAGCGUCGUUCGUUGGAUCAGAUAAAGACCAGAUAGCAGUGACGGGUGAAGGCAUUGACUCGGUCGAGUUGGCUACGUUACUAAGGAAAGGUGUCGGGUACACCGAGCUACUUAGUGUCGGGCCUGUUGAAGAGAAGAAGCCCGAGACCAAGGAAACAAAUAAGCCCGCGGUUGUGUCAAUGCAAAUUGAUCCUUCUAAUUACCACUACUACUAUAAUAAUAAUGGCUAUGCCAUGCCUUACUAUGUUUAUGAGUGGUGAUUGUAUACCAUCAAUUGAAACAGAGCCAGAGAUCGAUAUAUGAAAAAAAAAAAAAAUUUAAAUAUAUGUGGUUGGACUUAUUAAUGCUUAGUUAGAUUCAUUUCA